GCUUUCGGCAGAGCAGCAGCAAAAACCAUCUUCAGCAACCAAAACCAAAUAAAACCUCCAACUCAUAAGCUGCUGUUGCCUUUUAAACGCCUGGCCAAUUCGCAGACCUCAGCCAAGAUGCGCUCGUCAUUCGCCGUGCUUUUUGGCGUCAUUGCCGUCGCUGCCUUCCUGCUGCCCACCGAUGUUGCCGCCGAGCCGCCGCUGAACAAUGCGUAUUUGCCGCCGCCUUCGUCGGGCGGACGACCCUCGUCCAAGUAUGGCGCACCGCCGGCCAGCUCCUAUUUGCCGCCCGCCUCGGGCCCGGCGCCGUCUUUCAAUGCGCGUCCAGCUCCGUCCAGCAGCUACUCGGCGCCCGGCGGCGGCUCCUCGGGCGGUCCGUAUCCCCAGAGACCCUCCAGCUCCUAUGGACCACCUGCCAGCUCCUAUGGACCACCUGCUCGUCCCGCGCCACCCCCAUCCUCCAGCUAUGGUGCGCCGCCCAGCCGGCCCAGUCAAUCGUACGGACCGCCCAGGAAGCAACAACAAGCGCGUCGUCCCUCGAACAGCUACGGUCCACCGAAAUCUUCGCCGCCUUCGCAGAGCUACGGUGCGCCCGCUCCGCCCUCGUCCAGAUACGGCCCGCCCAAGCAGGCGCCACCAUCCGCCAGCUAUGGCGCGCCAGCUCGUCCAUCCUCAGGCUAUGGUGCGCCCAGCGUGAGCAGCUUCCUGCCGUCGCCCUCGGCUCCGGCGACCAACUACGGCGCUCCCUCCAAGACGCAGAGCCUUGGCAGCUCCGGCUACGCCUCUGGCCCAGCCGGUCCGGCACCACCCUCAUCAUCAUACGGCGCUCCUUCCAGCUCCAGCUCCAGCUCCUUCCAUCCGAUUUCGCCGCCUUCUUCCAGCUAUGGAGCACCUUCCUCGUCCUACUCCGCACCGAGCCCAGGUGCCAACAGCGGUGGAUCCUAUCCAGCAGCUCCUUCCAGCUCAUAUGGCGCACCAAGCUCCGGCCCAUCCAGCUCUUACUCGGCUCCUAGCUCGGGAUCCAACGGAGGUGGACCUUAUCCAGCUGCUCCUUCCAGCUCUUACGGAGCACCAAGCUCCGGCCCAUCCAGCUCGUACUCCGCGCCCAGCCCAAGUGCGAACAGCGGUGGUUCCUAUGCAUCCGCCCCAUCCAGCUCCUAUUCGGCUCCUAGCUCGGGUUCAAGCAGCGGAGGGCCUUAUCCGUCUGCUCCUUCCAGCUCAUAUGGAGCUCCAUCCAGCUCCUACUCUGCACCAAGUCCCGGAGCGAGCAGCGGUGGUCCCUAUCCCGCAGCACCUUCCAGCUCUUACGGAGCACCAAGCUCUGCCCCAUCCAGCUCCUACUCGGCACCGGCUCCCUCUAACUCAUAUUUGGCACCCAGCUCGGGCGCCAGCAGCGGUGGCUCCUAUGCAUCUGCCCCAUCCAGCUCCUACUCGGCUCCUAGCUCAGGAUCAAGCAGCGGAGGACCCUAUCCAUCUGCUCCUUCUAGUUCAUAUGGAGCUCCAUCCAGCUCCUACUCUGCACCUAGCCCCGGAGCUAGCAGCGGUGGUCCCUAUCCUGCUGCUCCCUCUAGCUCAUAUGGAGCACCAAGCUCUGCUCCAUCCAGCUCCUAUUCAGCGCCAUCCAGCUCCUACUCUGCACCUAGUUCCGGCUCCAGCAGUGGUGGACCCUACCCCUCAGCUCCCUCUAGCUCAUAUGGUGCACCGAAAGCUCCUUCAAGCUCCUACUCGGCACCUAGCUCAGGAUCAAGCAGCGGAGGACCCUAUCCAUCUGCUCCUUCUAGUUCAUAUGGAGCUCCAUCCAGCUCCUACUCUGCACCCAGUCCCGGAGCUAGCAGUGGAGGACCCUAUCCUGCUGCUCCCUCCAGCUCAUAUGGAGCUCCAAGCUCGGGUCCAUCCAGCUCCUACUCCGCACCCAGUGCAGGUGGAAGCAGUGGAGGACCUUACCCGGCGGCGCCCUCCAGCUCAUAUGGAGCACCAGCCAGUUCCCAUUCCUCCGGCGGCUUUAGCUCGCAUGGCGGAUCCUCCUUCGGCUCCAGCUCGUCAUCAUCCUCAUCCUCCAACAGCGGUGGCUACUCCACGGGCCCCUCCAGCAGCUAUGGCGCACCAGCUCCAGCUCCCUCCAGCAGCUAUGGCGCACCCAAUGGCGAUAGCAUUCCCAGCGGUCCCGCGUCUUCCUACGGCGCACCCGCCCAGGAUUCCGGCUACGCCUACUCGGCGCCCAGCCAGGUGCCCGAGACCAUUCAGCAGGGCUACAGCUCCAACGGCGGCUACACCUACCGCAAGAAGUGAGCACGAGUCGGAGGAGUCGGAGAGUCGGGUGCCACAUUCGAUCCAGUGCCUUAGAAUACUCCACAGUUCUGCUAAUCCGCUCAGCUGCAUUUCAUCCAAAACUCAUUCGCUGCUCU